UCCGAAAAUGUGACUCAAGAUAUUAGGAUAUGUCAGGUCGCUGUCGCUCUGCAAAAUCGGUGUGCGCAUUCGAUUGACCGUCAGAACGAAACGGACACGUUUCCGCUCCCACGAACUGCAGCUUCAGUCACCAGAACCAAAAUCCCACGUGCCGGCACCGCAGGACCGAAAUGGCACGGACCAGGCAGACGAAGCGAGGAAGGAAGAAGCCGAAGCCGACUGCGUCAAGCAAUGACAACGACGUUGUCGAGAAAUCGGCAUCGGCGAUAGAGCCUCCGUCCGUCGAUCUCCAGCACACUGCUCAUGGGCAGGGCCAGCAGGGCCGCCAAGAAGCGAGGGCCAAGGAAGAGCCCUUGGAGUGGGGCCUGUCCCAGGUCAAGGCAGAACCUGUCGAUGACACCGACGAUGGGGCGUAUGGGAUGCAUCUCGGUGACAUUGAGCAGCAGAAUCCGGAGCAAGGGUUUCAAGCUAGAAUCAAGGCUGAGCCCGAGGAGGAUCAUGAGCGUGGCAGGGUUCAUAAGGAAAUAACCGAAGCCGAGCCCCAACACAUGCGGGAGGGAAAGUCUGAGCCUGAACAGCUGCGUAAGCUGUUCAUUGGAGGAUUGGACUACCGCACUACCGAUGAAUCUAUGAAAGAAUAUUUUGAACAAUGGGGCGAGGUUGUAGAUGUUGUUGUUAUGAAGGAUCCGAAAACGCGAAGAUCCCGUGGAUUUGGCUUUAUUACAUAUGCACAAGCUCAUAUGGUUGAUGCAGCAAUGCAUGCAAGACCUCAUAAAAUUGAUGGACGAGAAGUUGAAUCAAAACGAGCUGUGCCACGAGAGGACAUUGGCAGGCCAGAGGCUGGUGCCACUGUGAAGAAAUUGUUUGUGGGCGGAGUCAAAGAUGCUCACACAGAAGAUAACCUCCGCAGUUACUUCAGUCAGUUUGGUAAUGUUCAGCAAGUUAGCAUCGUCCUCGACAAAGAAACCGGCAAGAAACGAGGCUUUGGCUUUGUUGAGUAUGACGACCAUGAUGCAGUCGACAAAUGUGUACUCCACAAGAAUCACACUGUCUGUGGACACACGGUGGACGUGAAGAAAGCCAUCAGCAGGGCGGAACUGCAGUCGGGAGGCGGCCCUAGGGGAGGCGGUGGCGGAGGCGGAGGCCGCGGGGGUGGUGGCGGCGGCGGCUCUGGCUCUGGCUGGGGAAACACUGACAGCUGGGGAGGCCGGGGAGGCGGCGGUGGCGGCGGCGGCAACAGCUGGGGCAACCAGGGUGGCUAUGGAGGGGGCCCAUGGGACAACCAGUCAGGUGGAUGGGGCAGCCAGGGUGGUAACCAGAGUUGGGGCGGUGGCAUGUCAGGAGGUGGCGGCGGUGGCUAUGGAGGGGGAGGAUAUGACAACUAUCAACAGAGCUAUGGCGGUGGUCCAGUAAGGAACAACUACGGUUCCUCCAACCGCAGUCAACCCUACGGCGGUGGUGGUGGCGGCGGAGGUGGCAGCGGAGGUGGAGGCUAUGGCGGCGGUUCUGGCGGAGGAUAUGGCGGUGGACGUCGCUACUAGUGGCUGCUUCUUUGGUAGUUCAUGGAGUCAGGCAGGCAGGCAGGUUAGGCAGUUAGAAGACAGCCUAAAGCUCAAUAAGCCACACAACAGCCCAGGAGCAGGAGCAGAACAGGACGUUUCCAUCUGAGCGUAUAGUUUGAAGGAUUUUGUGCGAUGAGACUGUCUCACUACUCUCGCUCGUUUAUUGUUCAUCUAAGGAAAGAUUUUCCCCAUUUAAAAAAAAAAGAUACCUUAGACUCAGCUGCAUGAUGUGCCUUGUUGGUUUGUCUACACUGUUGAGGUUUUACAUGCUGUGUGAAUGCGAUAAAGCUAGUUAUUUUGAUACUUAUGUUUGGCUGAUGAGGGUCAACCGGUGUAACAGAUUGAUAGUACCCAUGACUCCCUUUGCAGGAAAUUUGCAGUAGUGUGAAUAUGACAUCUCAGCUGUGCUUGGUCCACCCAUGAUUGUUGAUGUCAAAUUAACACUAUUGUUUGAUUUCUGUCAAAGACUAUCAGCAUUUUGCACUGGUUGUUAAGGAGUUGAUCAGUGUGGCCAUCACAUUCUGCAGAUAAAAUUUUAGAGGUUGGUUGUUUAGUUAGAUAUUUUGUUCAAUACAAAACUUCUGUUGAAUACAUGUAAUUUAGAACAUAGUUUUGUUUAUGGUUAUUAAGCAGACUGAUUAAUGUUGACCUCGAGCCUUAUACUUUAACAAAAUUGAGGGUGAGUGUUAUUUUUCUGUAUCAGGUAGUUAUUGGUAUGGUAGAUAUUAGCCGGAUCUACUAAAAGUUUAUUUUCAGAUAAUUUUUCCUGCCACUCAACAUGUCACUUCAUUCAGUCAUCAUUAAUUUGCAGAGUUCCAUUAUUUUCUCAAGUACCUUGUGUGGUGCAGGAGGUGAAUGCUUGAUAGUGUGCGUGUGUGAGUGCAAGUCUUGUGUUUGUGUGUUGCACGAUAAAGUUUUAAUUAUUCAGAGUGCAAAUCUUGCCGCAAGAAUUUUAAGUGCACAGAUCUGUACGAGUUGACUGCAUGGUGACUACGUAUGAGCGAAAUGUGGACCAUGUUAUAUUUAGGCUGAUAGAUGUUGCAACCCAAAGUCCCAAUUUUUUCUCAUUUAUCUUUAAUUUGCAUUCGUGAGUUUUAUAAGUCUAACUGCAUUAUGGUCUGAUCAUAACAUGAGGUAUCGAUCUAUUUCCAUUGGUAGAUAAAUUAAAGUAUUUAAAUCAUGGACUUUAGUCAUAAGGUUAUAGGAGCCUCAUAGCAAUUUAUUUUCAUCAAUAAGGAAAUUCAUUCCUUGAAUAGGUGUUGCUUAUGCUUAUUCUUGUGAUUGAAGAAUUGGGUCCACUGGUUUCCUUGCACUCCAACCAAAUUCACCUUGUUCAUAGUUACCUGUGCUUUUUUUUCAUCACUUAUAAUAAAUGUUUCUACCUAUA